CAGAGCCACGUUUCCAUCGUCAACAGGAAACCAGAGGAAGCGUCCUUGGAGAUGUUGUUAGUAGCACAAACUUUCGCAUCUUUCUCCCCUCUGCGGACACAAUGUUUUCGUUAAACAAGUGACAACUCAUCGAUAUUGCCGCAGAGGCGUGUGAGAAAGCGAUUAAAAGUUUGUAAGUAACCAUGACUGCAGCUACUCUCAUAGGAGACCAGCUGAUCCUUGAAGAGGACUACGAUGAGAACUAUACACCCUCUGAACAAGAGAUCCACGAGUACGCGAGGGAGAUCGGCAUUGAUCCCGACAGUGAGCCGGAGCUCCUGUGGCUGGCCAGGGAGGGCAUCGUUGCCCCUCUGCCUCCCGAGUGGAAACCUUGCCAGGAUGUGACAGGGGACAUCUACUAUUUCAACUUCUCCUCGGGCCAGUCCACCUGGGAUCACCCCUGCGAUGAGCACUACCGCCGCCUGGUGGUCCAGGAGCGUGAGCGCGCCCAGCUCACGGCUGCUGCAGGAGGCACAGGGCCGAAGAAGGACAAGGACAAGAAGAAGAAGAAAGAAAAGAAGGAGAAGAAGGAGAAAAAGAAGAAGGAGCCGCUCAAGACUCCUGGAGCACUGAGUUCACCUUUGGGACCCUUACCAUCCCCGCUGGGCAACCUGGCUCCUCUGAGAUGUCUGGAUGCCCCUGGCAUAGGCCCACUUCCUGGAGUUGCCCCUGCUCUGCGUGGGUCCCUUGGCAGCUCUGGGGGUCUGGAGCCCCUCAAGACAUCCCUAGGGGGUCCUCGGAGCAGUGGAACAUCUAGUGUUUUCGGCAGCAGGCAGGAAGAAAGGGUGUCUCUUUCUCUGCCCGGCUUUGAUGAUGAAGAUGACAAUGAUGAAGACAAAAUCUCAGAAAAUGAGCCAAGUCCUCGUGGUUCAGACAGACUACUGAAGAACCUCCAUCUGGACCUGGAUGCCCUGGGAGGAGGCCUACAGUAUGAGGACAGUGAAGCCAGUGGUGCAGCUCCAGUGGAGGAGAGGACUGAGCCAGAGCUGCAGGACUUGGCCCUGUCUGGGGACCACAGCCCUGAACCACCAUCCCAACAGGAGUCUGAGGCUUCAUCCUCCAUAGAUGUCAAGCUGUCAGAGAAAGUUCUGGGCCUCAACGACUUGUCUGGCACUGUCAGUCCACUGGAGAAAUAUGACAAAGAGGAAACAAUAGAAGAAGAGGAGAAUGAUGAGGGGGCGAAGAAAAAGAAGGCUGAGCCAGCCAAGAGGCUCACAAAGGCUGCAGACAAAGACAACCCUCCAGCUCCGAAAGUCGAGCGGCUCGUCCUCCACCAGUCCAGCCCGUCGCCCUCCCUCUCCAGCCUCUCCCACUCAGAGCGAGGUGUCGGCCUCCGUCCAAUAGCAGAAAGUGUCAGCACAUCUCUGGGUCUACAGAGGCCUGAAACGUCCAGAGGUCGGCUGAUCCGCUCUUCCAACGCCCGGCAUGAAGAUGCUGAACCCUGCAUAGAAAAUCGCGAGAGCUCACCGGAAGAAGAGCCGAGCUGGAGAAUCCGGAAAGACAAGGAGAAGAAGGAGAAAGAGGAGGAGGAGAAGAGAAAGAGGGCUGAAAGAGAGGAGAGGAGUUUGAGGGAGAGGAAUGAGGAGAUAGAGAGGGACAGGAAGAAGGCAGAUUGGGAGGUGGAGGAAGAGAAGGAGCGAUUGAUAAGGGAGAAGGAAAAGAGAAUGCGUCUCCUCCGGGAAGAGUUGAAGAGAGAGGAAGAGGAGGAGGAGAAGCAGCUGAAGGAGGAGAGUGAGAAAAGAUUGCGGGAUCUGCAGCAGCGUCUCCUGUCUAAGAGGAAAGAGGAGGAAGCCAGGCUGAAGGAGGAGUCUGAUAGGACGCUGGAGGAACUGAGAGAGUCUGUCCAGAUGGAGAGGGAGAAGCAGCAGCACAAGCUCAGGGAGGAGAGUGAAGCCACGCUGAAGGAGUUACGCAUCACGCUAGAAGAGGAGCGGGCGGCGGAGCGCGAUAGACUGGAGGCUCAGAAGAGGCGCGACGUUGAACAUCUGAAGGCAGAGUCAGAAGAAGAGCUGCGAGCGGAGAGGAGGAGACUCCAGGCAGAGAGGGAGGAGAAACUGAACUCUCUGAAACAGGAGUUCAAAAGCAUGGAGAGGAGGAGGGAGCUGAUGAGUCCGCGACCUGAACAGCAACUGGCAGAGUACCACCGAGAGCUGGCUGAUGUGCUCCAGGAAGUGCGGGAGGAAGUGCAGCGUGAUCACGAGAGGAAGCUGGAGCAGCUGAGGGAGGACCACAGGAGAGAGAUGAACAACAUCAGAGAGAAAUACCUGGAUGAGGAGACUGCUCAGAGGGAGCGCUUGCUUUCUACUCUGCAGGAGGACAGAGAACGUCUCCAGGCUUCACACGCUGUCCAACUGGAGAAACUCCGCUUACAGCUCGACACACAGAUACAAAAGUCACAGCUGACACACUCACGCAAGGAGUCAGAACUGCAGGAUCUGGCGGAUCAGUUAGAGCUGAGAGCCAAAGAGCUGAAGAGCCAAGAGGCCAUGCUGCAGACCAAGGCAGCAGAUCUGAAGAGAAGGAGGAGGAAGCUCGGGGAGGAAGAGGAGGAAAUGGACAGACAGAUAGAGGCUCUACCCCGGCUGAUCCAGGAGAGAGACCAGCUGAAGGAGGAGCUGGACAGGAUGAGAGAGGACAAAGCUCAAGCCCGAGAACUCAUCCACAAAGCGAGGGAGGAGAGGAGCGAGGCCAAGCAGCAGGAGGAGUGGCUGAGGGAGGAGAGAGACAAAGCCAGGGAAGAGAGCAGAAAGACGAAGGAGGACAAGGAGCGACUGGAGAGCAAGGUGGCGCUGCUGCAGGAGAGAUGUGACCGUCUCAGUCGCAGAGUCAGUGAGCUGGAACAAGAUGAAGGAGGGGGCGCCUCACCGAGACAAGAACCUAAACUCGGCAAAAAGAAGGCAGAGAAGGCCGAAGUGACAGCGCCCUCCAGUGACCAGAGAGACUCACCGCUACAUGUAGACGACCUGGAGGACCCGCCGCUCUCCCCUGUUCCUGACAGCCACAGCAGCAUGGACGAGUUCCGGCGGUUCAUCUCCUCACACGGCGCAUCCAUCCAGAAGACCAAACUCUUCCUGGAGAGGGAGAGCAGCCGACUGAUGGAGAGACAGGCAGCUCUACGGGUGGCCCAGACCAGCUCCUGCCCGGACCCCGUCCAGAGAGGAGGGGUGACUGAGGAGAUGGUUAGGAACCUCCAGCAGGAGGCCAGAAAUGUGGCGGAGCUGCAGCGCACGGUUCAGAGAGGAAACACUCUCCUGCGGAGGAAAGAGGAACAACUUCAGCAGCUGGAGAGUUCUAUAGCUGACGAGCCGCUGUUUGAGGAUCUGUCUCGGCUGGCAGGAGAGAGGAAGGUGACCUUCGAUGUGACGGAGUCAGACCUCAGCAGCACUGCGGACCCACCAGAUGGGACAGGAGGUCAUCCCACCGUCCCGGCUAAAGUCCAGGAGUUAGCAGAGUCCCUGCAGCAGAUCUCAGGCCAGCUCAACACCGUCCUGAGUGCGUUGGGUUCACUGGCUCAGAGGCAGAGCGCCACACCUUACACAGCCUUCCCUCUGCCUCUAUCUCAGCCUCACUCCACACAUGCUUCCACCUCCACCACCUUCACCUCCGCUCCCAUCCUACCCCAGGUUCACACCCUGGGCCCCACCUCCUUACCCACACCUGCAGCGAGGCUCUCAGAGCCGCCUUGGAACUGGGCGCCUCAAGGCAGCUCCUCAACCGCCCCUCUGUUCAGCACCCCCAUCGCCAGUGGGAUGUGGGCCUCUGAGGAUGUCAUGAGCAGCAGAUGGAGCCAGAUAUUCCCUGGAGCAGCUAUGGAUCCAGUCGCAUCCAGCACCAUGAGAGCCAACUCAUCUUACUCAUCGUACACUCCUGCUAGUGAACAUGGCCGUAGUCUGCGCUCCAUGCAGAAGACAGCGGAGGUGGACGGCCAGAGGCUGCAGGGGCUGAUUGACGGCAACAAGAGGUGGCUGGAGAUGCGCAAAAAAGACACCAGCGUACCUCUGUUCACUCGCUAUCGGGCUCCGUCCUCCAAGAGCAGCCUGGUCCAGCUGGGCCUGGACGAUAACAACCAGAUCAGAGUCUAUCAUUACUGAGGACACGACGCACAGUUCGUUCGGCCCUGUUGUACUGUGCCUGUCACUGAGGACUUUAGAGCAUAUAUAGCGUUGUGAUGUUUACACACAGGGCCACGUGUGAGAGUCCUGUCCCCGCUUUGCUUCAUUCUUUUUUUUUUUUUGUUGAAACCUUCAGAGCAAAGGUUUUCAGGGAAAGUCCAGCCUCUUCUGCUGUGAUUGGAGGAAGAGCUCACAGCACAGGACUUUGCAAAUCAGGGAGCCACAUGUCGCAGAGGGCUGAGGACUUUUAUCCUCUAAUGUUAGAUUUGAUUGUGAGUAACAGAAAAUGUUUUAAAGCACUUCAGUGUCUCGUUUACAGAUUGUAGCUCCAUGCCAGACUUGGGCCAAACUGUUAUUUUAGUGGUUUAGUUUGCUUUGGUGUCAGAUAGAAGGAAGUUAUUGAGUGUCAUAAGUUUAGACAAUCACAGUGAAGUAUCUUUAGGUUUACAAUAACUAUAAAAAAGUAUUCACCUCCCUUAGAAGUUUUCAUGAUUUAUUGUCUUGCAACAUUGACUCAUGGCAGAUUUAAUGUGGCAUCUAUUUUAUAUAUAUGUAAUAAAUUUAGAUCACACUGUAGUGAUCUGUUCUUACUGCGACAUUCACUUUGAUCAGUGUCUAAAAAUCCACAUUAAAUCUACUUUGACUCCGUGUUGUCAAUUAAACUUGAAAACUGCCAAGAGGGUGAAUACAUUUUAUAGACACUGUACUUAUACUAAUACUCCAUUAGUGAACACUCCAGACAUGAUCUGAUUUGUCAAUGAUGUUGUGAACUUCACACUUUUGGUGCUCCAGGCAGGACAUAACACUAAGAAACGCUUCGCAGCUGCACAUAGGUCAAAUUUAAUUUCAUGACAGGUUACGUUUGUAUUUAUGCCACUGAUUUUGUAAAUUACUUAUGUGUGAAACUAUGAUUACUUAAGUACUUUCUACAGUUUUUGUUUUAGUCUUUCAGAAACAGAAAUCGGUGUGCUUUAGUGAAGAAGGUCAAGUCAAUCUUUUAAGCAUCGAUUAGUUUUCUCUCCCAUAUUCCUUCAAACACAGAUCUUUGCACAGCAGUAGCAGUGAGCUGUUGACUAGAGAGA